UGUUGUAGGAAGGCUUUUCUUGCUUCCGACACUGAAGGAUGUGUCUCACCGUCAUGUGCUUCACUGGCUCGUAUUGAGCUUAGGUAUUAUAAGCAGUGAUGUAAAUAUCUCCUGGCCAUGAUGAAACACCAUAACUGACAUAUGCGAGUGUUUUGCAGAUCCGCGGCGAGGAAUUGAUUGGAUUUUGGAUAUUUGUCAUCUCCCACGAAGAUUUUUAGACAUCUGUUCUUGAGGCCGUCUUGAAUCAGGACUCUUAGGUAUCAGUCACUAAGUGGAAUCCUGCUAGGAGCAGGUUACUCGCCAUCAUGCCGGACAGCAGUGGGAAUGAGACAUGUGCUAGCUCGUGUUACAUGAAAGCCACGUCAGAUGGCGUCUGGACCGGCGAAAAACCCAUUGAUUACGCCCUGCCGUUGCUAAUCAUCCAGCUAUGCUUGAUUGUCAUAUUUUCUCGUGCCUUCGCCAUCAUUCUGAAGCCCCUGCGACAACCACGCGUCAUCGCAGAAAUGCUGGGAGGUAUCGUCCUCGGCAGUUCGUGCAUGGGUUACAUCCCUGGAUUUACAGAAGCCAUAUUUCCUAAGGACAGUAUCACGGUUCUGACGACGAUUGCCAACAUCGGUCUGCUCUACUUCCUCUUCACCGUCGGCCUCGAGCUCGACAUGCGCUCCAUUGCCAAGACCGGCCGGGCUGCCAUGCUCAUAGCAGCCGUUGGGAUUUGCCUGCCUUUUGCUCUCGGCAUCGGCACGUCCUUCGCCCUCCGCCAAGUGCUCCAAGUCGACUCCUCGUUCGGCCCAUUCGUCAUCUUCAUGGGCGUCGCCAUGUCCAUCACCGCCUUCCCCGUUCUUGCCCGUAUCCUUGCUGAGCGCAAGCUUCUCACUACUGACGUUGGACAGAUGGCCAUGUCUGCUGCUGCUGUUAAUGAUGUUGCUGCCUGGAUUCUCCUCGCUCUCGCCGUCGCGCUUUCAACUCCUGGCUCGAGCGCGACUGUGGCGCUGUGGAUUCUGCUGUGCGGAGUGGCGUUUGUGGUGGUGAUGUUUGUGGCAGUGCGGCCCGUCAUGGCGUGGAUCGCUCGCCGUGUGACUCCGGGCGAGCCGGUGCCGGAGUGGAUAGUGGGCGUGGUGCUGGUGGGCGUGCUGCUGUGCGGGUUUGUGACGGACACCAUCGGCAUCCACGGCAUCUUCGGCGCCUUCAUCUUCGGCCUCGUGCUGCCCAAGGACGGCCCGCUGCCCUCGCUGAUCCUCGAGAAGAUCGAGGAUUUCACCUCCAUCAUCCUCCUCCCGCUCUACUUCGCCUCCAGUGGCCUCGCCGUCAAGUUCCAGUCCAUCUCGGGUGCGCCAGCUGUCGGCAUGAUCUUCCUCGUCAUUGGUACUGCAUGCAUCGGCAAGAUUGGCGGAAGCAUGGGAUCCGCAAUGCUCGCAGGCUUGCCGCUGCGCAAGUCGCUGGUGCUUGGCGUGUUGAUGAACACCAAGGGGCUAGUGGAGCUCAUUGUGCUCAACAUCGGCCUGGCAAAGAAGGUGAUUACUCAGGAGAUUUACUCCAUCAUGGUGAUCAUGGCACUGGUGACGACGUUCAUGACGACGCCGCUGGUGAUGAUGCUGUACAAGCCGGCGCGCAGGAAGCUGCCGCACACCACCAAGGUGGAGCAGCUGGCGCUGGCGAAUGGCGAGCUGCGGCUGCUGGUGUGCGUGCACGGCAUGAAGAACCUGCCCGCCAUGCUCAACCUCACCGAGGUGUCCCGCGGCACGCGCAAGCGCACCCUGCGCGUCUUCCUCAUGCACCUGAUGGAGCUGUCGGAGCGGUCGUCCGCCAUCAUGAUGGUCACGCGCGUGCGCAAGGACGGGCGGCCGUACUGGUCCAAGGAGAGCGAGCAGGCGGGCCGGGACCAGGUGGUGGUGGCGUUCCAGGCAUACUCGCAGCUGAGCCGCGUGAACGUCCAGCCGCUGACAGCCAUCUCCAAGUUCGACAACAUGCACGAGGAUAUCUGCAUCACCGCCGCCGACAGACGCUCCAACCUCGUCGUCCUGCCCUACCACAAGUUCAUGACCCCGGACGGGUCAAUGGAGGCGGUGCACCCUGGUUUCCAGAUGGUGACGCGCCGUGUGCUGCGAGCGGCGCCGUGCUCUGUGGCCAUUCUGGUGGACCGCGGCUUUGGCGGCUUCUCGCACCUGUCCCCCACGGCUGUGUCGUACCGCAUUGCUGUGUUCUUCUUCGGCGGGCCGGACGACCGCGAGGCGCUGACCGUGGCGCGGCGCAUGGAGGAGCACCCAGGCGUGUCGUUCUCCGUAGUGCGCUUCGUGGCCACAGAGGAGGUAGAGCUGGGCUUCGUGGUGGCGCAGCAGGAGCAGCACUCGCUCGUGCACGCCAGUGGGUCGGGGUCGGGCCACGGGCACGCGCACAAGGGGGGCGACAAGACGGUGUCGUUCCUGGUGCCCGUGGACAAGGUGGAGGUGGACCGCGAGAGGGAGCUGGAUGACGCCGCCCUCGCGCCCAUCAUCGACAAGGCUCACCUGGAGCAGGCGCAGGCAGGCAAGGAGGCGGCAGCUGCAGCUGGGGCGAGUCGGGAGGGAGAGGGAGGGGAGGAUGGCGCAGGGGUGAGUGGGAGUGUGCGGAAGCAGAAGCUGGUGUAUGAGGAGCGGCAGGUGGAGGAUCCGGUGGCAGCGCUGACUGCAGCGAGUUUGGACGACUAUGACCUCGUGAUUGUGGGCAGGGGGCGGCGCUCCACUGCCCUGGUGGCGCAGAUAGCAGCGCAGCGCACACCCUUCCGCUCCUACUUCCAUGGCCCAGCAGCCAUGAACCUGGGCAUGUUUGGCCAUGGUGGGAGGCACGAGGGCGCACACGAGGCUGGGUCGGAGCUGGGCCCGGUGGGAGACAUGCUGGUGGGCGUGGAGGGCCAGGCGUCCAUCCUCGUGGUGCAGCAGCACGACCCACACCUCAUGAAGAGCCCCUAUCAAGUGGCCGAUUCGACACUCGCAUCUGUGGCAGAGAAUGGAAAUGGUGGUGGUGCUGUUGACGGUGGCGGUGAUCCGGAUGAGGCACGCAACAGGGAGGAGUUAUGAGGGAAAUUUGUUGCACGCGGCGACACUGCAGGGUGGGUUUGGAUGAGAUGAUGAAGUACAUCUGACACUUCAUGAGUUUGCUUCGGCUUCCUGUUUGACAGCUGAUUAAUUCAAGCCAAGGUACAUCCAAUAGCAAUUUCUAUGAUUUGCUUGCUGGCAACAUCUAAUAUGCUUUAUACGGUAGGUAGAAGGCUUGUUUUCCUUGCUAUCGUGCCAUGUCUGUUCCAUGCCGUCAACGUACAGUGGCUUUUAUUUUCAAUCAGGCCC